AGCAGCUGCACGCGACGCACAUCCGGGCUCCCGCGUCUUGGAUGAGAAGGAUGUCAGCGUCCGACUCUCUGUUGGAGGCGGUCGGAAGUGCUCAGCCCUGGCCACAGGUGCUGCUUUUCGGGGACUCCAUCACCCAGUUUUCUUUCCAUCAGGGUGGAUGGGGAGCAUCACUGGCUGACCAGCUAGUCAGAAAAUGUGAUGUUAUAAAUCGUGGGUUUUCAGGUUAUAAUACCAGAUGGGCUAAAAUCAUUCUUCCAAGAUUAAUCAGGAAAAGUAAUGCUGAAAACCUUGUUGCAGUUACAAUUUUCUUUGGUGCCAAUGACAGUGCUUUAAAAGAUGAGAACCCUAAGCAACACAUUCCACUUGAUGAAUAUGUUGAGAAUUUAAAGAGCAUGAUACAGUAUCUAAAGUCUGUAGAUGUUCCUGAAAGUAAAGUUAUUCUUAUAACACCACCUCCUCUUUGUGAAUCAGCUUGGGAAAAGGAGUGUAUUGCUCAAGGUUACAAAUUAAAUCGAAUGAAUCUGGUUGUUGAUGAAUAUGCCAAAGCCUGUUUGCAAGUGGGCCAAAACUGUGGAACAGAUGUCCUUGACUUGUGGACACUAAUGCAAAAGGAUAACAAGGACUUUUCGUCAUAUUUAUCAGAUGGGCUGCAUUUAUCACCAAAGGGAAAUGAAUUUCUAUCAUCACAUCUUUGGCCUUUGUUAGAGAAGAAAGUAGCCUCACUGCCUUUCAUAUUUCCUUACUGGAAGGAUUUAAGUGAAAUAAAACCUGAACUUCUUCUAGGGGAUGGUGACCAUUAAUUAAUUGCAUGAAAUGUGAGUUGGCACUUUAUUUACAAAGCAUUAAAGUACCUAUUACAUUGUGAUGAUUAAAGUAGUAGAGACAGUUUCUGAUUUUAUUAAUAGGACAGCAGAUUAUUAAUAAAAGAAUGGUUAUUGGCUGUCUCUCCUAGACCAAAGACCCCUAAUGAUGGUGUGGUUACAGUUUAUAUAUCUAAUUGGUUAUCAUGUUUUGGAGUCUGGGGAUCACUCAAAUCUUGGUAACAAUGAUAUCAGAGAAAGAAUGUAGACCCUCCAACCCAAGAUUCCCCCUAGGUGUGAUUUUGGUAAAAUCAGACGGUUUCUACUAUUUUAAUCAUCACAAUGUCAUUGGCACUUUAAUGCUUUGUAAAUAAAGUGCCAACUCACAUUUCAUUCAGUUAAUUAAUUUCUUAUCAGUCAAGUCCUUCAGCCGUAAAGGACUAAGAAAGAAAAGGAGAACAGUACUAUCAAUUAUUAAUUUUUCAAAAUCUCCUAUUUGAUUCUAUUAAGAUAAAAUCUCCUUGAUGAAUCAAUAACUGAUAUUACAAAAUACUUUAUUGAGGGUUCUUAACUAUGGUCAACAAUGGGAAAAAGGGGAGAAAUGGAGGGUUGUAUAGAUAACUAAGGGGUUCUGUAAGUAGACCUUACACAAAUAAAUAAAAAGAAAUUUUAAAAAUA